GCGAAUGUCCCAACGAAGUUUCCGUAGUAUUUUCGCGGCAGAUUUAUUUUGGGACCGGCGGGCCUGACUACUUUGACAAAUGGUGCAAAUAGUCAUACGGGCGAGUGUGGACAGCAGCAGUCCUCCCGAGUGGCUGCUGAUCGAGCUGCAGGGAGAAGUGGUGUCCAGACAGAACUCUGGUCUGGCGGGAAAUGUGAUGGGCGAUUUGCUCUAUACCAAAGAGGGGGUGCCAGUGUUGAUUGUGGGACAUCACAUAUUGUAUGGCAAGCAGGUCAAACUGGAGAAACCCUUUGCUGUCCUCACUAAACAUGCUGCCCAAUCACAGGACACUGGGGAAUACCAUGAUGCCUCCAAGGUUACCAUGGAAACGGAGCAACAACGCUCCACCUCCUACUGUGUGUCUGCACUUAUCAAGCGAAAGCUUAUCUUCAAGACUCGACCCAAACCCAUCAUCACGAAUGUGCCCAAGAAAGUAUAGUAGGCCUGGACUGAGUUAUGUGGGAAGGAAAACUAACUGAUACAACAUUUGAAUGUUUUAUGGCUUUCUUUUUAGGAGACUGCUUGUUUGUGUGUAACCGUAAAAUAUAAUUGUUUUAUAUAAAAGUAUAAAGGGGAAAAAAGCUGUGUUUUUCUUC